AAAAUUAGUCUCCAAGGAAAACACUCUGGUUACACUCUCGUAAUAAUACUAACAACGACUUGACCCGCAUACCAUACACACGUGGUUGUAGAACCUUGAAAAGGCUGAAACUUAUGGCCGGCAGGGCAAGGUAGCAACCAGCUGGCCAUUAGCUUGAAGCAUUUCAUGGUUGCAUGGUAACCAGCCAUAGAGUGCCCCUUGGAAGCCCCACUUACGACAGUCAUUGCAGUUAACAUGGGGCUGGGGACUUCUGCACCGCGCGUCCUUAUUCGGAGGAACUCCUAUACCGGGCGGUAGUAUUGGAAUUACAAGCAGAAAGCUGAGGCUCUGUUGACAACCAUGCACACUGGGUGCGUCGUAUCUUGACAUUUUUAUUAACCUUUACGGAGUCAAUGCCUUCUAUCGACUCCGUCGACCCCAACGAUGGUGUAAAAUCAGCCGAUGGGUCUAAGGCUGUUGGCGACAUACCGGCCUCAAUAAGUAACGCCCCAUGGCCAGCCGCACGCAUGGACGCCGGUCUUAUAGGGCUGCAGCCCCGCCUUAGCAGCCCAGCCACAUACGCGCCGCAAAGCCCAGUAACGUUGGGCCCACUGCGCGUCGUCAGUCGCUCCUCCUCCCAGACAAAUGGCUUCAAUGGCUCCGACGGACGACCUACCCUCGACAGCCGAGUCGGGACGCGCAGCACAAACGUCAGGCGCUCCCAUCCCCUUACCGACAGCGAAAGCUCAGACUCCUUCAGGGGCGGCCGCAUGAGCAACCUGGGCAGCGACAGCUACGGUGGCAGCGGCGCUCGCUUUAGCAACAACUUGGGCAGCGAGCCUUUCGCUGGCGCUGAGUCGAGCAGCCGCUUCAGCACCCUCGCGAACGAAUACCUCAGCGGCGGAGGCAGCGGUGGCGGAGGCAGCGGGCGCUUCGGCGGCCCCAGCAACGAGGCCCUGGCGGGCGGCAGCUGCCUCAGCGGCACCGCCGGACGCCACCCUCGCGGAGGCGUUCAAUUCGCGGGCGACAGCGCCAACGACGACAGCGACAGCGGCGGCAGCGGCUGCGCACGUGACAGCAAGACCAGCCUCCUAGAGCUGCCCGCGCUGCCCAGCUUAUCUACCAGCGCCGGAGGAGCAGCAGCAGCCGCAGGCGGCAGCUCCAGAGCCGGAGGUGCCUCUGGCGCCGCCGGCCCUCCCGGCCUCACGCUUUCCUUCCUUGAGUCGCUCCGCAGCGUCAGCAAGCCGGGAUCCACGCUGCGUGACGUGUUCCGUACGACAGUGCUGCCAGCCACCAAAUCCGCGCGCUGUGCGUACGUGAACCUGGUUGGCGGCGAGCACCGCGCUCGUCCAACGCACGUGUUGGUUUGCAGUUGGGACGAGCUGGUGAGCGACGUGGUGGAGCAGGUGGCGGACUUCGCAGCGUCCCUUGGGAGCCCGGGGGGAGGAGGAGGGUCAGGGGUGUCGUCAGGAGGAAGCAGCGGUUCUGCUGCUGGUGGCGGCAGCUUUGCGGUGUGGGUGGACUUGUUCGCGAUCAACUUCCAUGCGGCGCCGCCGCCCAUGGCACCGGCUACCGCAGCAGCUGCGGCCUCAGCGGCGCUGGGCUUGGCAGGCUUGUCCGGGGCAUCCAAGCCCUCCACGCCCCCCAUGGACCCCAGCUCCCAGGAGCGAGCCCGCGCGCUGCCCGCCGCCAUCGCCGCCAUCCGCUGCGUGCUGCUGCUGCCCGGGGCGCAGGGCGGCGCACUGCGGGAGCACCCCUGCACGCUGGCGGUGUGGCAUGCGCUGCGGGGCCGCGGAGGAGCGGGCGGGUCGGCGCUGUCGGUGGUGGCGCCGCCGGACCUGGAUGUGGGACUGGUGCAGGCGGCGUUCGAGGGCCUGUCCGUGUCCACCAAGGCGGCGGAGGACCCGGGCAGCAGCAACAACGUCGCGCUCGGCAGCGGCGGGGACGCCAGCAGCAGCGACGGCGCCACACGCAUGUCCCCCGACCGCUUCACCAUGCGCGCAAUGAGGGACGGCGUCGCCGCCGCCGCCACAACCGCCGUCACCUUUGCCGCGGAUCCCCAGCCCAGUCGUACCGUACGGGAGGGCCUCACGGCGGCGGUCGCGGCGGCGGCGAACGUCCUGCUGACGCGACCUGUGGGGUACGGCACUGGCGUCGCCAGCGGCGGCAGCGGCGGACUCGGUGCUGGCAUGUCUCCGCGACACCCUCCGUCGCUGCCGUCAGCACAGCAGCAACAACAGCCACCAGCCCAGGCACGGACCAGUCAGGGUUACAUGUCGGAUAGCGCGGGCUUCCAGUCGGCGUCGCCGCAAGCUGCCAGGUGGCCCCCCACGAUGCCCUCGGGGCCGUCGCCGCUGCGAGGCAGCAUGGGCUCCUCAAGCCACCGCGCGCUGAUGCUGGCCGGCGUUGACUCCUGGCCGGCGGCGCAGCCGCCCGCCGCGACUUCGGCUGCUGGUACGACAACCGCCGCCGCCGCCAGCGGCAGCCCCAAUGCCGCACGAUUGAGCUCCGUCAGCGUUCCAGGGGAGGAUGACCUGCCGCUGCCGGCGGCGAUGUCGACGUCGGCUGCGGGGGCGACGGCUGACGUCAGCAUGCGGGGUGCUCGUGCGGCUCGGAGCACCGGCGGCGGCACUUGGGGAAUGGUGCCGGCGCCGCCCCCGCCGUCAGGGGCCUCGUACGACGGAGGUGACGGCGCCGGCAACAGGCGGUUGCGGCCGCUGGGCCCGCUGGCGGAUGGGGUCGCCGCCACCGCCGUCGCCACCAUCGAGAGUCCUACCGCCGCCUCGGGAGGGAUGUCUUUCCGGCAGCACCAGCAACAGCAGCUGCGCAUUAAAGCUCCUGCACCCUGGGAGACCAACGCGCCCCUCCCAAGCCCCGGCCGAGCCCCACCGGGCGCCACCCAAGGAUCCGGUCCGCUCACCUUCCAGCCCGAGGCCUCCGCCGCCGCCGCCAGUGCGCCAAUUGGCACCGCCGCCAGCGCCGAUCAAGCACUUCCCGGGACGUCGCCGCUGCUGCCGCCGCCAUUGGUCGGUUCGCUCUCGUCCGGCGACCGAUACCUGUCGCAGCCGCUGCCGCCGCUGACGGCGCCGCCGCCGUCGCUGCCCCAGCUGCCCGACGGCGCCCCUACGACCCCGCAACCGCAGCCGCCGUCGGAGGCGCUGCCCAUGCGGCAGUUCCGCGGCCCUCCUCGGCCGCACGCCCUGAGGGUGGCGCGGCGCAGCGGCGGGCAGCACGGGGCUCCCCGAAGCAGCGGCGGCGCCGUCGUCGUCUCCGCCGUCACGGCGUUCGCGGCCACCGCUGGCGAGGAUGCCGACUCAGAAACCUCAGACCCAGACUCCGACGGCCCCGGACCAUUCCUGGGCGCUUUCGACAACAGCAUGAGCGAGCCAAACCCGGGCAGCGGAAUGCGUGUUUCGGGUUUCGGAGACUCCGGCGGCGCUAUUGUUGCCGUACAGUUUACGGCAGGUCCUGAUGCGGCGUACAGGCGACUUGCGCCGGAUCUAGCUCGGCUGGUGGGCGCUGCCAAGUUGCUAGCAGCGAUGGGCCAAAACGCGACUGCCAUGCGUAUCGUACACCAUGCCGUCGCCGCGUCACGAAGCUUGUACGGUGCCGUACAUCCCGACACAGCGAGAUGUACGAUAGCGCUCGUGGGACUGAUGCUGCACGUGCAACAACAGCAGCAGCAACAGCAGCAAGCCCUUCACGGCCAUCACCACAGCCACAUCCACCUCCACAUGUUGUCGCUGCCGCCUCGUGUGGGCGGCGGCUCAUCGGGAUCGGGUGCUCUGCCGACGGCGGUGGCUUCCAGCGGUGGCGGCGGCGGCAGCACCGGCGGCUCAUCUGGAACCCUGCCCCUUCUCCCAGCCGGCACGCCGAUCCGGCUGUCCACUGACCUGACCACGCUGCCGCCAGGGGCACCGGGUGCGGGUCCGACGGCGCCGCCACUGCUGCCCGGUGACGACCCCGAGGCGCUCAUGCGCGGCGCGCUGACGGUGCUGGAGCGCCACCUGGGCCCCGACGCGGAGGAGGUGGCGGCGGCGCGGCAGGGUCUGGCGGCGGUGCUGGCGGCGGCGGGCCGGCAUGAGGAGGCGGUGCCGCUGCUGCAGAGGUCGGUGGCGGGCCCGGCUGGGGGCCCCUCCGGCAGGGGGGCUCAGCCGGGUCAGUCCGGGCAGGGUCAGGGCCAGCGGGGUAUGGGCAGUGCGGUGGCGCUGGCGGCGGCGCUGGACCUGGCGACCUCGCUGGCGGCGACUGGGAGGGAGCGGGAGGCGCGCAAGGUGCUCAAGGCCCAGCUCCAACGUCUUCAAGAGGAGGAGGACGAGGCGGCUGCCCUCACCGCCGCCGCCUCCAUCUCCAACAUGCGGGGCCGCAGCAGCUCCCACUCCCUGGCCGCCGCGGCAGCCGCCACCGCCUCCCCUGCCUCCCGCAUGAUGAUGCCACCUGCGUCCCACCAGCAGCAACAGCAGCAGCAGUACAAGGGCAGCGAGAGCCCCUUCAGUUCGUACAGUAGCCCGUACGGCGGCACGUUGGGAUCCGCCUCGCCUGCGGGCACUCCGCCGGUGGGCAGUCCAGCCAUGUCGGUGGCUGCGGGCGGAGGAGCGGCGGCAGCUGCGGGGGGUGCCUCACGGGGCAUGCUGACUCCGAUGAAACUGGAGGAGUUGCAGGCCCGUGGGUCACUGCAGCUGGCGCAGCUCAAGGCGGCAGCGGGCAAGGAGGGGGCGGCGCGAGGGCUGUACCGCCGAGCAGUCGAGGGUUUCUCUGUUGUGUACGGCGCCCGUCACCCCAUCACCGCCGCAUGCAUACUGGGCCUGGCUGCCGUACAUCACUCCCUGCGAGAGUACGGCGAAGCUCGUACGCUGUACCGCACCGUUCUGGAUCUCUACCUGGAGCUGCACGGCCCGCACCACCCCGCCACCACCCGCGUGAGCAACCAGCUGGGUGAGGUGGAGGAGGCCAUGGAGGAGGAGGCGUGUGCGGAGGAGGAGGAGGAGCAGUCGGCGGCGGCAGCGGACCGAGGCAGCAACGGCCGGGGGGGCGCCAGGUAGUGGUUGUGGCUGCGUUAAUAAUCGCGAACGCACUCCGACACACUCCUCUGAGCUGCCGCUGUGGAGUUCUCUCCCAGCUUUCAUGACGUUAUCAACUUCUUACAUUUAGCAUACCUGUUUUGGCAGAUUGGCACUUUACAAAGUUGGUACUCCAAGGCCUUUACUACUCCAAGGCCUUUACAGUAUAAGCAGCGUAUAAAAUAAGUAGGUGCGCUCCCGCCCCAGCCUCGGGAUAAACGCUGAACCUGGCUGUCAAGUGUGUUCGAACCGGGCGUGGUGUGCUGUGAGGUUAAUUGGUCGCGACUGGACUUAACAUCGGGGAACUGACAACAAGUUACUUACCGAACAGAAGGGGGAAUGGGGAGCCCAAGAAGUGGUUAAUGCGUGCCGUGGAGGGGGUAAAGAGGGGGGGGUGGCUGUGAGGUAGAGGCGGGAGUGGGCGCUCGCCGUACCGCCCACCGCUGCUGCUGCCAAGGAGGGCGGCCCUGCAGUGCAGCAUGGGUGGCAUUUAGGGUUUAUGGAAUAAAGAUCGGGUCCUGUUGAAGAAAACCAGCGCUGACUAAUCACACAGCCGUUUGUACUACACCCUUUUUCCUUUAUUGUGCGCUUGUGUGUGUGCGGGAGUUUCCUCCUUCCUCGUGUGCUCUCUCUACCCUGACCAGUCCUGAUGUGCCCGGAGGUUGGGUUGGGAGGCUGACGGGAGUGUGAGAGCCAGGGUUCGGAUUGAGGUUGAGGUUGAGGGCCCCUUUUCAUUAUGAAGACAGCUGCUGGCAACGUUUAAUGGUCAAUCCGCGAGCGGUUACAACCGUAGACAACGAGCCUUAGCUGUUACUGUUGCUGCUGCUGUCCUUACUGUGAAGCUGGGAUCCACUGAAAGGGAGACAGUGCCUUUAUAACGUAUGUCGGCGCAUCUUAAUUGCCGGGGUCGGGUAUCUGGUGGUAAGUUGGAGCUGUCAAGGGCGUGUCAUGCCUUGCCUGCUGCAACUGCCGGCCGGGAGAUCUGUUGCGGGUUGGUUGGGGGUGUGAGGCAAGGAAAACCUUACCCGGCCUGCUUUUCGCCGGCGUUUUCGAGUACCUAGUUUUUUCUGUGGCUUGCUGGGUGCAGUGUUCCGCUGCCGCACCAGUUGCCUCAGUUGCGUAAACCUGAGCAGCAUACCGCAGCUUUUGCCGUUCCCUGCACCCUCGUUAACAUGAAGAUUGGCAUUCAGACUUUAACGUCAACUCUCGCUUUGUUUAGGCUCCCCUUUUUCCUUGGGGCGAUUCGCGUUUGGCGGUUGUGCUACUAACUACUGGACUCGUGCGUUUUGAAACGACUGAGCCGCGUGCGACGGCGGAGAUUGCCGCCUUGUGUGUUGACGCCUGGGAGACGGGCCCUUGUUGAAUGAGGCUUUUGACUACAUACAUCGUGUACCGGGCGGGUGCGCUAUAUACCAACUGUGUAUGUGUUCUUGUCUGUACACGGCGACACGGCGGCCUGCAUGGUGGUUUCGGAGACGGCGGUCGGGGGUGCUGUGUUGCCUUAUUGGUUGAACGUGUGUCCGCCCCCGACGGGUUCUACCCGGUAGCUGUCUGCCUGCCGGCCUGCUAGCUCCGUCGGCAGGACAGGACGGAAGGAAACUCGUAACAGCUGUGUCGAGGGGUGCACCGCUGAAUGAAGCGGCGGCAGGGGCGGAGCAGCAGGAGGAGAAGGAGGAGGCACAUGCAUGGAUGGUUGCAGGGAGGCGGGCCGCGACAUAGGUUCCGAACAGGGGCAGUUGCUCUGGUGUGCAUGUCGGUAUGUAUGACAGUGACUAAUCGACUUGUGUGGGGUCCGGUUGGAACAACUGGGAGGUAACCUUACGGUAGCCGAGACAUGCUUGGUUUCGGGAUUCGUGGUGUUAGAAGGGGAAGGGGGUGAUGCCCCUUGUUCCCUUGUUGUCUGACAUGUUCCGAGAGUGGUGUGUUGAUCGUGGCAAUGGUUAACAGGGUGCCGACAUGAAGACGAGGGAUGUUGUGUUAUGUGAAGGGGCGACGGGGGAGGUGCGUAUGUGCUUGUGGCGUGUAUGUGUAUGCGUGCGCGUGGACUGCUGUGACUGCGGCAACACCGGCAUGGCUGCCAACUGGGCUGUUUGGUGGUUGCAGCUCACUGCACUGGGCGGUCUUCUGGGAUGGCUCCCCGCUGUCGGUUGCAGCUUGGGAGGCCGAGAGGACCUCGCAACAGCAAUACAGCAUGCUGCUGGCAGUUAAUCGUGUGUACGACGUGACGGUGUGCGACAAGACCCCUUACGUGUUGCAUGUGCGAUUUCGUGUGUGUGUUGGGGCCCUGUGACAGCGGCCUCCCUGUUUCUGCGCGCCCUUGGUGGUUGUAGUACGGUAGUAGCAGGUACGAGCUGUUGAUUUGAGAUCCACAAGCUCUGGAUGUCGGGGAUGUCGGUUGGGAACAGCGGGGGGCUCUUAACAACUCUGUGCUUUCUAAUGGUUCCUGGAAUGGAGUUUAAUAUACAGGGAGCAUUGCUCAACAUCGGAGCUAGGAGCUUCCGGGGACGCCGCUGCGAGGAUGUUAUGACCCGUGGGUCACUACUGAGUGUUGGCUUGGUACGGGGUGGGCCAUACCUUGGGAAGUAACUUCCGGACGGGGUGAGUGUGUUAAUAAUCUGACCGCUGGAGUAUGUGUGUGCGGUUGUUGCGUUGCCGCUGCUUAAGAGCCGGCGAGCACUUGGAUUGGGUGCGGAACGGUUUGGAUUUGGAGGGAGCAGGUGUCGUACUCGGGAAGGGAGGCGGGAGUGAGUGGGCGUAUAACGAGGGGGAACACCUUGACGAAGAGGGCUGACGCUGCUUUGGUGUCCGGCCGUGACAGCAGACAACUGAUGAUCAUCGGAAAUGUGACACCUUAAUAGGCGAGGAAGCGGCAUAUGGGGGGAGCGGCUGAGUGUGUGUGCUGUGUAUUUGUAUUAUCCGGUUGACUUUGGGCACUCUAGCUUAAACGAACGCUAGCGGGUGCGGCAAGGGAGUACGACAGCCAGCCACGCUGGUCGCGUCAUCAAUAAAUCGGCGUUGUGAUCGACUGUGUGCCGUGACUCACGUUUCUAGAGGCCCGGGCGUUUGCUCGUGGGACAUACGCAGUCGCCUUUUGACUGUCCGCUGGCUGUCCCCGCAGCCAUGCAUCGCCUUCAUGGGUUUGAAUUUCCUCGGUCAAGGUUUGAGUUUCGCUCUGGCUUUGUUUGCUCGCCGCGGCUUAGUUGGUCAAACCUGGUCAACGGGGCGGGCUGGCGGCCCCUCCACGCUGCAUUAUUAACUCUGGUCCCAACAAUACCGUAAUCGUCACUACGAUCCCACGCAGGGCUUUAACUUGGGUUGAACUAAUGAGUGCCGCGGGCUUGCGCGGCUAUGUGAAAGAAUGUCGCGCGGCAGCUCAAUGCCCUGUUUCUUGGCAAAAAUGUGUAAAGGGCGGUCGAAGUUCCGUCUCCGCGGACUGUAAUAUACUCUCGUCCUAUGCGCGUUGCUCCCUGAUUAGGACCUUUGUCCCAAUUGCCGUUUCAGCCUUUAGGCGGCUAGACCCAUUUGUACCUUGCUGGG